UUUAAUUCAUUUAAAGAAUUACAAAAUCGUUUAAUUAAAUCAUAAAAACAAAAGAAAACAAAAAGAGAAAAAAACAAAAGAAAAAAGAAUAAUCAUCAUGGAACGAACUUCAAAAUUAAUGCAUAAUUUACGUUUUAGACAAAAACAUUUUCAUUCACAAAUGGCCAAAUUAAAAAUUAUUUCAAUUAUAUUAAAUUCAAUAUUAAUUAUAAUUGGUAUCAUUAUAUUUAGUUCUGUAUUAUUAGUUAUUAGUUAUCCAAUAUGGUUAAAAAUGUUUAUAUCAUUACAAAAAAUUACAAUUAGUUAUGCAAUAUUAAUAUGGAUUGUAUUUUUUUGUAUUACAUCAAUAAUAUUAGGAAUUAUUGGAAUAUUUGCUAUACAACGUAAAGCAACAUUAAUUUUAGGCAUACAAAUAUUUGCCCUGGUAUUUUUAGCAGUGUUAGAAAGUGGUAUUCUUUAUACUAUACUAUCACAAUGGUUAAGACAUUUAGAAGUUGGUGUAACAUUUGCUGUUCAAAUGUUUCAACCUGGCUUAGAAGAUAAAACAGUUAUGGCAAAUAUACAAGAAGCUCUUCAUUGUUGUGGUAGAGGAUCUUAUGGCGAUUAUGAUGUGGCUAAUGAAGCAAUACCUAAACAACAUGUACCAUAUUCAUGUUGUGAUUUACAAACUUAUACAAAUGAACAUUGUAAUAAUGCAUCAAAAUUAACAAAACCUAAAUUUAAUUCAUUCACAAUAAAAUCAUCUGAAUUAAAUAAUUUAUUUUAUGUUAUUCCAUAUUAUUUAGCUUAUCCUGAAGGUUGUGUAAAUCGUUUAAAAAAUUUAUUUUUACCAAUAGUUAUUGGAUGUUUUUGUCUUUUAAUAUCUGUAAAUAUUAUUGCAAUAUUUAUCAAUUGUUUUUAUGUACAAAAAGCUGCUGAUGAAGAAGAAUAUGAACAAAAUUGGCUUGAUUCACAAAAAUUUUUAAAAGAAACUAAAGAAGCAUUUUGUUUAAAACCACAAAAACAAGUAGAAAUUUCAUGUGAUGCUUCAAUUUCAAAUGUAGAUGAUCUAAGUGUAUUUCAAGGACAAUUAUCACGUCGACGAACUAGUUCUAUACCAAGUAAUAUGGAUUAAAUCAAUAAAUUAUUGAUUUUAUUCCGGGUUUUUUUUUUCCUUUUGUUAUUUUAUCUGUAUAUUUCACAAAGUGUUUGUUUUUCGUUUUCAUUUUUCAUGUAGUCAACUAUUUCCCAAUAGUUACUUCUUUAUAAAAAAAGAAAAGAUCAACAUUUUGUUUUUGUGUGUCUGUGAUUAAACUAUGAUAUAAUAAUUCUGUGAGAACAACUGUCAUGAUUCUUCUGUUUGUCUCUAAUAAUUAAACUUUAUUGUAUCUAUGAUUGUUCAUUGUAUGAUAACACAAUGAUAUCGAUUCAUUUAAUCAUCUAACUAUAUACAUAUUAUGGUUUGUAAUAAUAAUUUUGUAGAUUUUUCAUUUAAAUCUACAGAAAACCCAUACCUCAUCGAACUACAAACGUUUAUUUAAGUUCAUUUCAAAGUGUAUGAUAUUUUAUAUUUAUAGCUUUUCUGAUAUGGUUACAUAGUGUUUUCGUUUAGCGAGUUAGUUUUCUACGGGAAGCAAAUAUAAAAAGGAUGAAUAACAACUGGAAAGAGCUGGAAAGGAUUACCCAGGAUAGGGUUGAAUGAAGAAUGCUGAUGAGCGGUCUAUGCUCUUACACGAGGAGUAAUAGGCGUAAUAAUAAUAAAUAAUCAUAUGGUUGCUUGGUUAGCUGAUCGAUUGGUCGGUCGGUUGAUUGGUUGGUUUGUCAAUGACAUUUACUUGUUUAUAAUAUACAAGGAAAACAUGUUCAAUCAUAAACUAUAAUUCUAUUUCGUAUUCAUUUUG